UAACCAAUGAAUCGAUCAAUGUUUACAUUAAUACAAAGUGUUAUUGGUUUGGGUCAAACGUUGCCAUGGAGACGGGACGUUUCAACAAGAAACCAGCCGGCAACUGAGUAUUGACGAGCAUUCUACGAGCAAAUAUAACCACAUUGCUGCACAUGACAGGCCAUAUUUCUUUCCCAUCAGAUCAGUUGUCACAUGCCAUGACUGUGACGAGCAAUCUUGCGCCAUGUCUCGGUAGGUGUGUGUUCAAAUCAUGAGUCAAAACGUGUGCGACUUUAUUUACACUCGGGCCUUAAAGACGACAAGACACGAUAAGGAGCUGUCAUUUUUUUACGGAAACUGCUUGAGAUCCAUUGAAAGAAUGACGUCCAGCAGUUGCUUCUUGUUGACCCUGAUGUCCUUGAUGACCACAAGCAGAUUCCAACCUGUCAACUCAGCUAUAUCUCCUGUGGUAGGUAAGUCAAUGUUACAAGGGACAUGACUCUUGUGGUAGGCAAGUCAAUGAUACAAGGAACAUGUCUCUUAUGGUAGGUAAGUCAAUGAUACAAGGGACAUGUCUCUUGUGGUAUGUAAGUCAAUGAUACAAGGGACAAAUCUCUUGUGGUAGAUAAGUUAACAAUAAAAGGGACAUGACUCCUGUUGAUAGGUAAGUCAAUGAUACAAGGGCCAUGUCUCUUUUGGUUGAUAAAGGAAUGAUACACGGCUAGGUUAUAAACUAGUUCUAUCCGACACACACACACACACACACACACACACACACACACACACACACACACACGCACACACAUACACACAGACAAUAGAACACUACUUACAUUCGACACCCAAACUCACGCUAGAUAGAAAACUACUUGAAUAUGACACACAUCCACACAAAAUAGAACAUCUCUGUUUAGGAAUUCUAUAAUCCACAUAUCCAUGCCCCCUACCCCAUCUCACAAACCAGUGGUCGUCAUCAGUGACGUAAUUAUGUUCAACAACCCGGAUAUAGACGCCAUUUUCGAGAACGUCCCCCGAAUCGCCAACACCGGAAGCCAGGUCAAAGUGCAAGUCACACCCAUCAUCUCCGAUAACAUCACUGAGAUAGUUGACCAAGGUGAGUUCACUUCAUGGAUGUUACUCAAUGAAUUGACCAUGCAUUUUUUAAGGGCUUAUACAAUGUUUCAAUCCUAAGAAGGCUGAGACCUGUCAUGAUUGAGACCUGUCAUGAUUGAGACCUGUCAUGAUUGAGACCUGUCAUGAUUGAGACCCGCAUCAAGGUCAUCAGGGAGAGGUGUGUGUUUUGAUUUUGGUGACAAAUGGGGCGUGUGAGCGGAUGUCAACGAUUGUCAUGGCCCGAGUGCACAUAGGAUUUUGGGAUGUCAAAAAAAAAAGAAAGGGGGGGGGCAACUUUUUUGAGUGGGUUUGUAUUUAUAUUCACGGACGGGAGAAGGAACUAAAGAUCAGAGUGAGAGAUAGCUUGGAAUGGAGAGGGCAGGUUUGAUUGUACUCAAAUGGAUUGACCGAUUUUGGUAUCUGAUACUUUAUUUCAAUGUGGAUAAUCUACUUCUCCGCAUCGCAAUUAUACGUGUAUACAUUAUGCUAAGGUCAAGGAAUCCUGUGAUUCUAUAAGCCUGUGUCAUAAAGCACUGUGUCGUGUACAUUGGACAGUGUGCUGUUUAUCAGAGAGGGAGACAGUCGCGGAGAAGUGGGAAUAAUAGACCAAGCGAAUAAUUGACACGCAUCAGAAGAUCCUAGACAACGAGGAUAUUUUGGCAUGGGCCAGAAUAUUUGACACCCUGUCAUGAUUGAAAGCUGUCAUGUUUGACACCUGUCAUUAUUAGCAGCAGUCAGGAUAUUUAAACAAAGGUCAAAUAACGUGUCCACUCUUCGUGGUCUCAUAAUGGACUGACAUAUUUACACAGUGAUCCGAACUCUAAGUUAAACCCGGUUUGUAAUUGUGCGACUUGAAUAAUAAUAAUACAUAUAGAUUAUCAUGUUCAUAGGUAAUGAAUGUUAGUUAUUGUCAUAUUAAAUGAGUGACUUGUGAUAUUAAAUAAGUGAAUUGUCAUAUUAAAUGAGUGAAUUGUCAUAUUAAAUUAGUGAAUUGUCAUAUUAAAUGAGUGAUUUGUGAUAUUAAAUGAGUGAAUUGUCAUAUUAAAUGAGUGAAUUGUGAUAUUAAAUGAGUGAAUUGUCAUAUUAAAUGAGUGAAUUGUCAUAUUAAAUGAGUGAUUUGUGAUAUUAAAUGAGUGAAUUGUCAUAUUAAAUGAGUGAAUUGUCAUAUUAAAUGAGUGAAUUGUCAUAUUAAAUGAGUGAUUUGUGAUAUUAAAUGAGUGAAUUGUCAUAUUAAAUGAGUGAAUUGUCAUAUUAAAUGAGUGAUUUGUGAUAUUAAAUGAGUGAAUUGUCAUAUUAAAUGAGUGAAUUGUCAUAUUAAAUGAGUGAAUUGUCAUAUUAAAUGAGUGAAUUGUUAUAUUAAAUGAGAGAAUUGAAUGGAGCAUCUGUUAAUGUCAAGGUUUACUAUUAUUUUCAGUGUGCACAUUGUUUUCGGCUGGAGUUAUCGCUCUUGUUGACAUGUCCAGCCCAGGCUCAGCUCUCAUUUUGAGGUCGUACUGUUCUGAGUUCGGUGUAGCCUACAUAUCUUUGGUGGACAGAGCAUAUUACUAUAACCUACAUGAAAGGUAAUGAAUAAGAUCUAAAAGAUCUCAAUGUUAUAAAACAUGUCUAACGACCGUUUUAUUGUAUAACUUGUCUAUAAUCUUCGUAUAGUAUAUGUCUUAAGAUCUUCAUAUGUAUAAUAUAUCUUAAGAUCUUCAUAUGUAUAAUAUAUCUUAAGAUCUUCAUACGUCUCUGAGUUCCCAUUAACUGGCCGCCCUCUUCAUUCUCUGACUUCCCAUGUCUGUCGUCUUGUUAUUUUAUCUCGAAGUUCUUAGUGCCGCAUGAAAUUGCUACUUAUUAGUGACGGUACGCUGCGAAGGGUGGUCAGUGUAUUGAUAUUGUAUCUGCACUAACCAACUGGGAAUUCUUGAUCAUAGGCAGACAUGCCUGGCGAUAAGCAUUAGAUAGGCAGACAUACAAGUGAUAAGCACUAGAUAAGCAGGCAUGCCUGGAAAAAGCACUUAUUAAGCAUACAUGCCUGGAGAUAGCACUAGUUAAGCAGAUAUUCCAAUUAAUUGACACUAAAUUAUAUGCACGCAUGCAUGUCAGUUGGCAAUAGAUCGAAAAUGUCCAAAUUGAAUAAACUUGCAUUACUUUGUUCUGGACAUGGACCAUCUUGUUCUGGACACGGAACAUCUUGUUCUGGACAUAGACCAUCUUGUUCUGGACAUGGAACAUCUUGUUCUGGACAUAGACCAUCUUGUUCUGGACAUGGAACAUCUUGUUCUGGACAUGGAACAUCUUUUUCUGGACAUAGACCAUCUUGUUCUGGACAUGGAACAUCUUGUUCUGGACAUAGACCAUCUUAUUCUGGACAUGGACCAUCUUGUUCUGGACAUAGACCAUCUUGUUCUGGGCAUAGAAUAUCUUGUUCUGGGCAUAGACCAUCUUGUUCUGGACAUAGACCAUCUUGUUAUGGACAUGGACCAUCUUGUUCUGGACAUAGACCAUCUUGUUCUGUACAAAGAAAAUCUAGUUCUGGAGAAUUGAUCAUCUUUUUUUAAGACUAGACCAUCUUGUUCUGUACAUACACCAUCUUGUUAUGCACAUGGACCAUCUUAUUCUGGACGCGGAUCAUCUUGUUCUGGUCAUAGAUCAUCUUGUUCUUUAUAUUGACCAUCUAGUUCUUGACAUGGACCAUCUUGUUCUGGACAUAGACCAUCUUGUUCUGGACAUAGACCAUCUUGUUCUGGAGAAUAGACCAUCUUGUUCUGGACAUAGACCAUCUUGUUCUGGAGAAUAGACCAUCUUGUUCUGGACAUAGACCAUCUUGUUCUUGAGAAUAGACCAUCUUGUUCUGGACAUAGACCAUCUUGUUCUGGAGAAUAGACCAUCUUGUUCUGGACAUAGACCAUCUUGUUCUGGAGAAUAGACCAUCUUGUUCUGGACAUAGACGAUCUUGUUCUGGAGAAUAGACCAUCUUGUUCUGGACAUAGACAAUCUUGUUCUGGAGAUGGACCAUCUUGUUCUGGAGAAUAGACCAUCUUGUUAUGGACAUGGACCAUCUGUUUCUGGACAUAGACCAUCUUGUUCUCGAGAAUAGAUCAUCUUGUUCUGGACAUGGACCAUCUUAUUCUGGACAUAGACCAUCUUGUUCUUGAGAAUAGACCAUCUUGUUCUGGACAUAGACCAUCUUGUUCUGGACAUGGACCAUCUUGUUCUGGAGAAUAGACCAUCUUGUUAUGGACAUGGACCAUCUGGUUCUGGAGAUAGACCAUCUUGUUCUCGAGAAUAGAUCAUCUUGUUCUGGACAUGGACAAUCUUGUUCUGGACAUAGACCAUCUUGUUCUGGAGAAUAGACCAUCUUGUUAUGGACAUGGACCAUCUGGUUCUGGACAUAGACCAUCUUGUUCUCGAGAAUAGACCAUCUUGAUCUGGACAUGGACCAUCUUAUUUUAUACAUAGACCAUCUUGUAUUGGAAAUUGACCAUCUUGUUCUUGACAUGAACCAUUUUUUCUGGUCAUAGACCAUCUUGUUCUGGACAUAGACCAUGUUAUUUUUGAGAAUAGACUAAUUUGUUCUGGACAUGGAACAUCUUGUUCUAUUUUCUUUCUUUUUUCAGAUACUAGUUUUUGUUAGCAUUCACUGAUCUUUCUCCAUCUACUUUUCUCCAUUUCAUCGCUAUAUCUUUCAUUCCAAUAACAAUAUUCUCUCUAUAUUAUCACGCAUUAUAUCAACAUUGUUUGUAAAUUAUAUUUGUAUAAGUUUAAAGUUAAGCUACUUGAGACCCCAAUGGCUUCAAGGCAUAUACACUGCAGUUUACAUGACACCAUUGUUUAUUCCCUUCUUCAUAAGUUGUUUCUCUCCUUUUUUUUAAUAAGAAAUUAUUCAAAUCUAUCCGUCAUAAGAUGUCUCUCAACAGGUUUGUCCAAAGAUGUUUCUCGACUUGUUAGUCAUUAGAUGUUUCUCGACUUGUUAGUCAUAAGUUGUUUCUCUGUUUUUUUUAAAUAAGAAAUUAUUCAAAUCUAUCCAUCAUAUGAUGUCUCUCAACAGGUUUGUCCAAAGAUGUUUCUCGACUUGUUAGUCAUAAGAUGUUUCUCGACUUGUUAGUCAUAAGAUGUUUCUCGACUUGUUAGUCAUAAGAUGUUUCUCGACUUGUUAGUCAUAAGAUGUUUCUCGACUUGUUAGUCAUAAGAUGUUUCUCGACUUGUUAGUCAUAAGAUGUUUCUCGACUUGUUAGUCAUAAGAUGUUUCUCGACUUGUUAGUCAUACGAUGUUUCUCGACUUGUUAGUCAUAAGAUGUUUCUCGACUUGUUAGUCAUAAGAUGUUUCUCGAAUUGUUAGUCAUACGAUGUUUCUCGACUUGUUAGUCAUAAGAUGUUUCUCGACUUGUUAGUCAUAAGAUGUUUCUCGACUUGUUAGUCAUAAGAUGUUUCUCGACUUUGUUAGUCAUAAGAUGUUUCUCGACUUGUUAGUCAUAAGAUGUUUCUCGACUUGUUAGUCAAAAGAUGUUUCUCGACUUGUUAGUCAUAAGAUGUUUCUCGACUUUGUUAGUCAUAAGAUGUUUCUCGACUUGUUAGUCAUAAGAUGUUUCUCGACUUGUUAGUCAUACGAUGUUUCUCGACUUUGUUAGUCAUAAGAUGUUUCUCGACUUGUUAGUCUUACGAUGUUUCUCGACUUGUUAGUCAUAAGAUGUUUCUCGACUUGUUAGCCAUAAGAUGUUUCUCGACUUGUGAGUCAUAAGAUGUUUCUCGACUUGUUAGUCAAAAGAUGUUUCUCGACUUGUUAGUCAUAAGAUGUUUCUCGACUUGUUAGUCAUAAGAUGUUUCUCGACUUGUUAGUCAUAAGAUGUUUCUCGACUUUGUUAGUCAUAAGAUGUUUCUCGACUUGUUAGUCAUAAGAUGUUUCUCGACUUGUUAGUCAUAAGAUGUUUCUCGACUUGUUAGUCAUAAGAUGUUUCUCGACUUGUUAGUCAUAAGAUGUUUCUCGACUUGUUAGUCAUAAGAUGUUUCUCGACUUGUUACAUAAGAUGUUUCUCGACUUGUUAGUCAAAAGAUGUUUCUCGACUUGUUAGUCAUAAGAUGUUUCUCGACUUGUUAGUCAUAAGAUAUUUCACGAUUCAUUUCUUAUAAGAUGUAAAUCCUAAUUCUGUAAAGCCUGAUUGUCUCCCCUAAUCUUAUUUCAGAAAUGUCGCCGCAGUGAGACUAGAGCCUACGGCCACACAGAUGUUGGGCGUCUUGGCAGAUAUUGCCACUCAGGAAAAACUCAAUAACAUCGCGAUAGUUUACGAUGAUACUUUUGGUAAACAGGUCUUAGUAUCGUAUCUUAGUUUAAAGGAAAAGUCUUGGCGUUUCUUAAUGGACAACGAGUUUAUUUGUGACCGUUAGCUCAUCAGAAGAACCUGUUCAAUUUUCCUAUCAAGUACAGUCUUCAUCUGAAGCUGAAGACGCCGAUAUAUUAGAGCAAAUUUGCAGACUGGUCUGUAGGAUGUCGGAUGCCUUUAGGAUGUCUGUAGAAUGUCUGUAGGAUGUCUGUAAAGGACUUUCCUCGUACUUGAAUAUAUCAAUCUAGGUCCCAGAGAAGCAGACUCUAUAAACGGCGUGGUGCAUUGUGUGUGUUGUGUGGUGUGCGGUGUUUGGUGUGUGGCAUUUGGUGUUUGAUGUGUGGUUUUGUGGUGUGUGGUGUUUUGGUGUGUGGUGUGUGGCAUUUGGUGUUUGGUAAUUGGUGUGUGGGGUGUGGCAUUUAGUGUUUGAUCUGUGUUUUGUGGUGUGCGGUGUUUGGUGUGUGGUGUUGUGUGUGUGGUGUGCGGCAUUUUGUGUUUAAUGUGUGGUUUGCAGUGUGUGGAGGUGAAACGUACUGUAACGGUACCUUUUAUCGUUGGAAGUCUGGGCACUUACAAGCAACUGUAGUUGAUAACAUGCAUGUCUCGAGGUCUAUCUACGCGUCAUUAGCCUAAGUAAUAUAUCAAGAAACUGUUCGGAUACUGUUACGUACCGUAAUGUGGCUCUAACAACUUAAUCUGCUUUAAGAUUUGGCUCGUUAAAUAACGAUACGUAACAAAGGAAUGAAAAGCAGUCUACAAAGAAAAUAGAUAUUUAAAGCUAAUUCUAUAAAAACUAAUCAAUUUAAGUUUACUAUCAACUUAAUUUUUUUUAAAAUUACAAAAUCAAAUAAAUAUAAAUAAGCACUAUAUUAACAUAUAGCCCAGCUGGUGGGAAAAGUGUAACAAUAGACAGGUACAAAUGUUAAUCAACACACACAGUGAAAAAAUCAUGUGAGUCUUGUUAGGCUUCUGCUGGUCACAAUCGUCCAUCAUGUUUAUAGUGAGGGAGUCAGAACCCUCCGGUAGAAGAAAUUCUAGAAAUACAAUUGCCUGAGUGCAUGUAUCACCCCCAUGUAUUCCUCUCUGGAAACGUAAACAAAAUAGCCCAAUCAAGGGCGGUGGGGGAGGAGUGGUAGCACGUGUCACAAAGUUAAUUGGUGACGUUGGUAACACAUACAAAAAUUGAGAGAUAAGGGUUGCAUGUCACGCAGGGUGAACAAAAACUAGGUCAACACACAUGCUGUAAAAAUACGUAUUAAUUGACAUUUCAAACAUGUCUGAGCCCAUUUAGUCAUAUGUUUUAUAUUCAUCCUUAAUUUUCAAUCACCAUAUCCAACCACCAUACUCAUUCACUUUAUCCAUCCAUCAUAUCCAUCCAACAUAUUUAUUAACGUAUCGAAAUAGUGCAUCCAAUUCAACAUAUAUCCAUCAUAUACUAUAACCAUAUCCAUCAUAAGAUUUAACAACUUGUUCAAGAAAAAUACCGAUCCAAAAAUCUAUCCAUACCUAUCCUACUGUCAUAUCAAUCCACCACUGAUAAAAGUGUGGACCUUUUUUGUUUCUAAUCCAUAAUGUACCAAUCCGUAUGAUAUUCAUUCUCAAACAACUGUAUUUUGUUAUACUUUGCAGAUCUGCAGAACACGCCGAGACGAGUGCUGACCAACAUCCCUGCUCAGCACGUCUACCUGCCAAUGUCCACUAACUUGACCGAGCUACAGCACAUCCUCAAAGUCAUGCUUAGAAUAAACAGCAAAGUUCUUUUCAUCAUUGCUAAAAAAAUUAACGCAGAAACUUUUCUGAACGUGGUAUGCUACUUCUAUUAGUAUUGUCUCGUCUGUAAGAGCAGUGUCCACACAUCCACAUUUCUCCUUGUUAGAGUGGUGUCAACACAUCCACAUUUCUCUCUGCUGGGGUGUUGUCCACACAUCCACAUUUCUCUCUUUUAAAGUUUUUUCUACACAUCCACAUUUCUCCCUGUUAGUGUUGUCCACACAUCCACAUUCUCCCCGUUAGAGUGUAGUCCACACAUCCACAUUUCUCCCUGUUAGAGUGUUGUCCACACAUUCAUAUUUCUCCCUGCUAGUGUUGUCCACACAUCCACAUUUCUCUCUUUUAGAGUGUUGUCCACACAUCCAUAUUUCUCCCUGCUAGUGUUGUCCACACAUUCAUAUUUCUCCCUGCUAGUGUUGUCCACACAUCCACAUUUCUCUAUUUUAGAGUGUUGUCCACACAUUCAUAUUUCUCACUGCUAGUGUUGUCCACACAUUCAUAUUUCUCCCAGCUAGCGUUGUCCACACAUCCACAUUUCUCUCUGUUAGAGUGUUGUCCACACAUCCACAUUUCUAUCUGUUAGAGUGUUGUCCAUACAUCCACAUUUCUAUCUGUUAGAGUGUUGUCCACACAUCCACAUUUCUCUAUUUUAGAGUGUUGUCCACACAUCCACAUUUCUAUCUGUUAGAGUGUUGUCCACACAUCCAUAUUUCUCUCUGUUAGAGUGUUGUCCACACAUCCACAUUUCUAUCUGUUAGAGUGUUGUCCACACAUCCACAUUUCUCUCCGUUAGUGUGUUGUCCACACAUCCACAUUUCUAUCUGUUAGAGUGUUGUCCACACAUCCACAUUUCUCUAUUUUAGAGUGUUGUCCACACAUCCACAUUUCUCUCUGUUAGAGUGUUGUCCACACAUCCACAUUUCUAUCUGUUAGAGUGUUGUCCACACAUCCACAUUUCUCUCUGUUAGAGUGUUGUCCACACAUCCACAUUUCUCUCCGUUAGUGUGUUGUCCACACAUCCACAUUUGAAUCAAAAUUUUAACGUAAAAGCUGAAAAAUAGAUUCGACCAAAUUUCCAUUCAAUCAAAUUACCGUCGAUCAAUUUACCGUCAACGAAAUUUCUUUCGACCAAUUUCCGGAUACGAUUCUAUUUGUAUUGAUCAUUGUUAAUGUGAUAAUGUUGUCAGACUUUGUGUCUGCAUGCUGUAUGUAUAGACAUAUGUUAAUGUGAUAAGGUUGUAUUGCUUCGUGUUUGCGGUCUGUAUGUAUGUACCUAUGUUAAAGUGAGAUAAUGUUGUCAAACUAUAUGUGUCCACAGUCUGUAUUUCCUCUGAUCCCAAAAUUUCUGACAUGCGAUAAAAGUUGUUUUACAAAAAUAAUGAUGCAUCUUUGUUUUCUCAUCCAUUUCUUUUCAUUUCAGCUGACCCAAGACAACAAUUCGAACUUUGAACCUAAUGUCUUUGUUUUGACAAAGGUUUGUUUCAUGGCUUGUCUUGUCUUUUGUAAAAAUUAAAUUUUACUUACUUUCUGUAUUGCGACUAUUCUUGUCUCCUGGUUUGAACAGUUAUGUAUUCAUUAAUCAAUUUAAAUAUAUAUAUAUAUUAAAUCUUUUUUUCACCCUUAUUAUUUUCAAUUACUUUUUUAAUGAGGCUACAGAGAAAUAAAUAAAAAACAUUAAGUUCAAAGCUGUACUCUCAGGAAAUGAUUAAAAUAUUAUACUUAAACUUCCUUACUUACGGCUCUGCACAACUGGGUUGUGCUCUAACAGUAAGAUGGUCUAUUAGAAGAACAUCUGCCAUUUAGCUGUUGCUAAUAGCAUGUUGGAACGGAUAACAUAACAGACACAAAAAUUAUUCAGAUUUGUCUUAAAUUUAAGUUUAAAGUUUAACAUCAUAUGUUGAUCAUGUGUUGAUUAGAUGUUGAUAAUAUGUUGAUUAAAUAUUGAUCAUAUGUUGAUUAAAUAUUGAUCAUAUGUUGAUCAUGUUUUAAUCAUGUGUUCAUCAUGUGUUCAUCAUCUGUUUAUCAUGUGUUCAUCAUGUGUUCAUCAUGUGUUGAUUAUAUGUUGAUCAUAUGUUGAUCUAUAGUGACGAUAUAUUCCACGUGCGUUGAUUAUAUAUUGACCACAUUUCCUGCAGGACAGCAAAGUAAACUGCGCCUCCUGUCUGGGCACACAACGCGUGCUGGUGAUCACAGCCAAGCAAACGAUCGAAGUGAACAAACUAUUGAUUGAUUUUAUGCGCAAGUUUGGAAUCGACAGGGACUUUGAUCAGGACAGAAUAAAGGUGACCACUGGAUUGACCACUGGGUGACCACUUGGGUGACCACUUGGGUGACCACUUGGGUGACGACUCGGAUGACGACUGGGGUGACCAGUGGGGUGACCACUGGGGUGACGACUGGGGUGACCACGGGGUAACCAGUGGGGUGACGACUGGGCGGUUUCUUGCAUGUCAUGCAACAGGACCCAAACCAAUUCUUAAAAUCGGAUCUAAGGGGGUCUACGUUUCUAUCAAUCGUGUCAACUGUGUCGCCAGUGUCAUGGACUUAGUGGACAUUAAUCGAUCCGAAUUGAACUGUCGUUUGUCCUAAAAUCUAAACGUCCCAUGCAGCAAUAAUUUCAAGCUGAUAUUUUUUUUUAUUCCACGGUAUUCAAUGCACACAACGAUUUACUAGUUUUAGUGGCGCAGCUUGUACGAUUGACUCGGGGCGUUACAAGAACUAAGCCGGCACCCGACAAAUAAAAAAAACCAACUUUACAUUUGGGUGAAUGCAACCCAUGCAUAAAAAUUGAAAUGUCGCCUCGGAUGGACCCCCCUUCCGCCCCUUCCUACGUCACUUAUAUACGACAUGUCAUUUAAUAAACGUAAUGUAUACUCCCGAACAUAUCACAAUCUUUUCUUUGGUCCCGAGCUGACGCUCUUGUACAGCCCCCCCCCCCCCCGCAAGCACCAUUAUAUACGACAUUUCAUUUAAUAAACGUAAUGGAUACUCCCGAACAUAUCACCAUCUUUUCUUUGGUCCCGAGCUGACGCUCUUGUACAGCCCCCCCCCCCCAGCAAGCACCAUACAGUUGUGUCGCCUAUGCUGGGCAUCAGCCAUAGAUCCCACUUUCAAUGUAGACUUCCAGGUGCUCCCUACCACUUCCGGGAUGCACCCAACCACUUCCGGGAUGCACCCAACCACUUCCGGGAUGCACCCAACCACUUCCGGGGUGCUCCAACCCCUCCAUUCAUUAUGUCUCGGGCACUGGGCUGAUGAGUGCACUAUUGUCUCUGGCCCCUGGCCGCAAUGCUGGCAGUUCGGGUCCCGAAGAGAACCGCAGUAAACUAUGGCAAUCCACCAGGACAUGAAUAAGAUAAGGAGGGGAAGUAGAAAAAAAGCAAUCUUGAAGAGCUUCCUGAUAAUAAAGUUUAAUUUCAAAUCUUUAAAAAAUGUCACAUUAUUUUAAAAAAAGGGGGGAGGGGGGUGGUGGUGGGGUUGCUAUUAAAUAUAAAUUUGAAAAUAAAUUGUUUUUGAACGUCUUUUUAAUAAAUAAAAACUCUUGUCUAAUAUUUCCAUGUAGUGAUAAAUAGAUAUAGAUCUCUAUAUAGCUCUAUGAUUGAUAUACAUAAAUAUAUAUAUAUAUAUAUAUAUAUAUAUAUAUAUAUAUAUAUAGAGAGAGAGAGAGAGCGAAAGAAAUAAUAUAGAUAGAUACAGAGAUAGAGAGACAUAGACAGAAAUAGAUAGAGAUAGAGAGAGAGAGAGAGAGAUAUACAGGAGGGAUAGAGAUAGAGAGAAUUAUAAUAUAUAUAUGUAGUGAUAAAUAUAUAUAGAUCUAUAUAUAUCUAUAUGAUUGAUAUAUAUAUAUAUAUAUAUAUAUAUAUAUAUAUAUAUAUAUAUAUAUAUAUAGAGAGAGAGAGAGAGCGAAAGAAAUAAUAUAGAUAGAUACAGAGCUAGAAAGACAUAGACAGAAAUAGAUAGAGAUAGACAGAGAUAGACAGAGAUAUACAGGAAGGAUAGAGAUAGGCAGAGAUGUUAGAGAUAGCCAGAGAUAGAUGGAAAUAGAUAAAGUUAGAUAGAGAUAGAUAGAAAUAUAUGAAGAUAGCUAGAUAGAGAUAAAUAGAGAGAGAUAAAAAUAGAUAUAGAUAGAUAGAAAUAAAUAAAGAUGGCUAGAUAAAGAUAAAUAGAGAUAGAUAGAAAUAGAUAGAGAUGCAUAGAAAUAUAUAAAGAUAGCUAGAUAAAGAUAAAUAGAGAUAGAAAUAGAUAGAUAGGGAUAGAUAUUGUGUUUUACCAGCUUUUAAAAAACAAACGAAAAAAGGGCGUGGACAUUUGAUCAUUCUCAAAUAAAUGGAAAGGGUUGGGGGGGGGGCAUUAUUUUCUCAGCCACCGCAGAUAGGCAACUGUGUGUUUGUCAUGGGAAUCUUGAACUUGUUGUUGCCUGACAGGUAGAAGAGAAGAUAGGCAACUGUGUGUUUGUCAUGGGACUCUUGAACUUGUUGUUGUUGCCUGACAGGUAGACGAGAAGAUAGGCAACUGUGUGUUUGUCAUGGGACUCUUGAACUUGUUGUUGCCUGACAGGUAGACGAAGCGUUUGCCUUUGAUGUGGCCAGGUUGAUCGUGAGUGCAGUGGUCAGUGUGUCGAAGACAGUAAAUGUGACCAGUAUCUCGAGCCAGGACUGUAGCACCAUAAACAACGCAAGUAAUGACCAGCUGGUCCAGAGUCAGCAGUUGAUGGAGACCAUCCUGCAGGUGGGCCAUGCGACCAUGUGUUGUAAGAGGCAUCAUAGGGCAUGACUCGCUCGUCUUAAGUCUAAAGUCAAUUGGACAUAUUGAAAGUGUCUUAGUGUGGAAAUGUUGAAGUGUGGUGGUGUUGAAGUGUGGUGAUGUUGAAGUGUGGUGGUGUUGAAGUGUGGUGGUGUUGAAGUGUGGUGGUGUUGUUGAAGUGUGGUGGUGUUGAAGUGUGGUGGUGUUGAAGUGUGGUGGUGUUGAAGUGUGGUGGUGUUGAAGUGUGGUGGUGUUGAAGUGUGGUGGUGUUGAAGUGUGUUGGUGUUGAAGUGUGGUGGUGUUGAAGUGUGGUGGUGUUGAAGUGUGUUGGUGUUGAAGUGUGGUGGUGUUGAAGUGUGGUGGUGUUAAAGUGUGGUGGUAUUGAACUGUGGUGAGUAAGGAGAUUAUUAACAUUGCAGUGCUCCCUUAUGGCUUUGGUUUAAUCUAAAUCUACCUUUUUAAAAACAGUUUGGGCCCCGGAAAAGAGGGGGGGGGGGAGAGAUUUAUGGAAAGAAAACAAGACUUUACAUUCUUUAAUGUAUUCUCUAACAAUUACUUGUCAUAUUUUAUUGUCUAUGUUGCAGAGCAACGUGCAAGGUGUAUUUGGAAAUUUAGUCUAUAGCAAAGAAGAGUUAAGCUUUUCCUAUAACAUGACACUGCUGGUCAACGAGGUGAUCUUUGAGCAUGGGACGCUCAGGAGCAGGAUUCAAGUGGCCAGCUGGACCCACGGCGGACCCGUUGUGACGUCAGCCGGAUCGCUGAUCAAAUCUGGCAAGCGGAUGAAAUACAAAGUAGUGGUUGUAUCAGGGGUAGGUCUCUAGUGGUUGUACCAGGGUUAGGUCUUUUGUUGUGUAUAAGGGGUAGGUUAUGUCUUUUAUGAUUGUGUCAAGGGUAAGUCUUUAGUGAAUUUAUGAGGGGUAGGUCUCAGAAAUCGCUAUCUGUUCCAAAGACAGUAUCUGCUAUUUGUUCCAAAGACAGUUUCUGCAAUGUGUUCCAAAGACAGUAUCUGCUAACUGUUCCAAAGACAAUAUCUACUAUCUGUUCCAAAGACAGUACCUGUUAUGUGUUCCAAAGAAGUAUCUGCUGUCUGUUUUAAAGACAGUUUCUGCUAUGUGCCAUGGUAAAAAGGCUUGCAAAUAGAAAAAAAAUUCCCUCUUGUUUUAGACAGCUAUUUCACUGUCUUUAUUUAGAUCUUGAUCCACGUCGUUGUUGUUCCCCCCCCCCACACACACACAAAUCCAUAUUAAAAUAUUUUAUUAUUCCAUAAAGUUGCUUGGUGUGAUUAAUGUGAGAGUAAAGAUCCUAAACUAACCAAAUAAACAUUGUGAAUUGAAUAGUUAAUGUGAUGGUUUCAGAUUCCGCCCUUUGUGUACAAGAGUAUGCCAUCGAAUGAGACCGGACGAGUUGUUUACAGCGGAUACUGUAUCGAACUGCUGGAGAAGAUAGCGGCGAACAUGGGAUUCGAUUACGAUAUCCACGAUACCCAUGUAGUCGGCUCUGUGAAUGAGAAUGGUCAGUGGUCAGGAGCCAUUGGGGAGCUCGUGGAUGGGGUGGGUAAUAAUCUUCAACUAACAACAUGAACAUUUUCUGAAGUUUUGUUCAUUUGAAUCAGUGGUUCUCAAGCACAUUUCAGGCCACUUCUCUCUUGGGGGUCAUACAUUCUUUCUUAGAGCCUUUCUGUAUAACCCCUUCACACGUUUCUCAAAAUAAUAGUUUCUGCAACCCUCUAUGGAUUAUAGUGCUCAAAUAAUAUCAAAUAUUAAUCAUGUGAUUGUUUAAAUUACUUUUAUGAAAUCAAUAAUGAAAUGAUUAAUUGAAACUUUAAAAAUUCUGAAAAUAAUUUGAAGAUUUUAGAUCCAUAAAGCAUUGGUUGUUUUUCAAUGCUGGUUUAACGUCUAAUAGCACUAACUGUUUUAACAAUGAGUUUUUUUAAUAAUAAAAAAAAAAAGUAAUAAUAUGAAUGAGGACUGCGUUCAAUUCUUGUGACGUAAAUAAAUUCUGGAACAGGGUAACAGGAGAAGCAUCUUCGACAAUCACAAAGAUUAUUUCUCGUUUUGUUUUUGUUUUGUGUGCUGAAGUAGACAUUUAGCCGAAGUAAAUAUUCUUGUCUACUAAAGUAGACAUUUAGCCAAAGUAAAUAUUCUUGUAUACUGAAGUAGACAUUUAGCCGAAGUAAAUAUUCUUGUAUACUGAAGUAGACAUUUAGCCGAAGUAAAUAUUCUUGUCUACUGAAGUAGACAGUUAGCCAAAGUAAAUAUUCUUGUCUACUGAAGUAGACAUUUAGCCAAAGUAAAUAUUCUUGUCUACUAAAGUAGACAUUUAGCCAAAGUAAAUAUUCUUGUCUACUGAAGUAGACAGUUAGCCAAAGUAAAUAUUCUUGUCUACUGAAGUAGACAGUUAGCCAAAGUAAAUAUUCUUGUCUACUGAAGUAGACAUUUAGCCAAAGUAAAUAUUCUUGUCUACUGAAGUAGACAGUUAGCCAAAGUAAAUAUUCUUGUCUACUGAAGUAGACAUUUAGCCAAAGUAAAUAUUCUUGUAUACUGAAGUAGACAUUUAGCCAAAGUAAAUAUUCUUGUCUACUGAAGUAGACAUUUAGCCAAAGUAAAUAUUCUUGUCUACUGAAGUAGACAGUUAGCCGAAGUAAAUAUUCUUGUCUACUGAAGUAGACAUUUAGCCAAAGUAAAUAUUCUUGUCUACUGAAGUAGACAGUUAGCCAAAGUAAAUAUUCUUGUCUACUGAAGUAGACAUUUAGCCAAAGUAAAUAUUCUUGUCUACUGAAGUAGACAUUUAGCCAAAGUAAAUAUUCUUGUAUACUGAAGUAGACAUUUAGCCAAAGUAAAUAUUCUUGUAUACUGAAGUAGACAUUUAGCCAAAGUAAAUAUUCUUGUCUAUUGAAGUAGACAGUUAGCCAAAGUAAAUAUUCUUGUCUACUGAAGUAGACAGUUAGCCAAAGUAAAUAUUCUUGUAUACUGAAGUAGACAGUUAGCCAAAGUAAAUAUUCUUGUAUACUGAAGUAGACAGUUAGCCAAAGUAAAUAUUCUUGUAUACUGAAGUAGACAUUUAGCCAAAGAGACAUUCUUGUCUACUGAAGUCAACAGUUAGCCGAAGUAGACAUUCUCGCCUACAGACGUAGACAUUUAGCUGAAACGUCGUGUUAAUCCUUCUGUCUAUUUUUCAAGCCGAGGCAAAGACUAUCAUUUAUAAGGAAUUUAAAAAAAAAAACAUUCUUGAGAAUUCAACAACGAACUUCUCAACCGAAUUCCUGGGCUCCAUUAGUCAAGUAUUUCAGUUAUAUCCCCUGUAACAUCAAAUAUUCCAGACGGCUGACCUGGCUGUUGGUCCCAUCUCUGUAAUGGCCGAGAGAGAGACAGUCAUAGAUUUCACCGUGCCGUUCUACGAUCUGGUUGGACUGACCAUACUCAUGAAAAAACCAACGGUCGACUACUCACUGUUCAAGUUUCUGAGCGUCCUUGACCAUGCUGUCUGGGGAUGUAUCAUCGGCGCCUUUAUCCUCUUCAGUGUCCUCAUUUGUGUCUUUGAUAGACUCAGCCCUUUCAGGUUAGUCAAGUGUCCUCAUAUGUGUCUUUGACUGACUCAGCCCUUUCAGGUUAGUCAAGGGGUUAAAAUGUAGUGUCCUUUUUGAGACUUUGACUUGAGGGGCUGUUCCGCUCUGAGAUUUGUUAAAAUACAUCAGGCCAGCACCACUCAAAAUGUAAGGAAGGCCUUAAUUCUUUCUGAAAAAACUUUUGCGGGUCAAAAGAAAUUUAGGAAAGGAGGGGGGUUGGGUUUGAGCCUUUAAGAAAAUAAUAAUAAUAAAGAAUAGUUCGUUACUUCACGGGCCGCAAAGUGGUUUGCUGGUGGGCAAAAUGCGGCCCGCAGGCCUUAUGUUGUACAGGCAUGAAAUACUUCAUGAUAAAUUAUAUCAAUACAUCACGUGAAUAAAAUAUCAUGAUAAAUUUCAUUACUAGACACAAUUUCAAUAUAAUUAAAAAUUUUACCAUUUUAUCAUUGCAUGACGUCAAUGAUCUCAUUUUGACAUCUAUUACACUCAAAGCAAAAUAAUCUUUGUUACUUGCUUAUGUCAUGUGUUUCAAUAACACCUGCUUUUGUGUUGUGUUUCAUUCACACCUGUCUGAACUGUCAGCUACCAGAACAGACGCUCACAGUGGAAGGAGCAUGGGGAGGAGCCCAGGGUUUUCACAUUGAAAGAAGGAAUUUGGUUUUGUAUGAUGUCACUGACGCCUCAAGGUAAAGUAAUUUGGUCUGGUCUGAUGUCACUGACUCCACAAUUUAAAUUAAUUAUUUUUGAUGUCACUGAUUCCAAAAAAACGUAAAGGAAGUUGCUUUUUUAAAGGAUUUCAUUGAUUCCAACAAGGAAAAUAUUUUUUUAAUGCAGUUACUAAAUCAAAAGUAUGGAUUUUAAAUGUUGGGAGCAUCACCAAAAAUAACAAAAUACACUUUUUUGGUAUUAAUUUUCUGUUAAGUUAUUUAAGCUAUUUGCAACUCAUAAAUAUUUAAGCUUCUACGUAUUCGAACUGAGCUGAAUAGCUGAUACUUCAGAUACAUCUCUGACACUUCAGAUACGUCUUUGAUACUUAAGAUACGUCUCUGAUUCUUCGGAAAUGUCUUUGAUACUCCAGAUACGUCUUUGAUACUUCAAAAAGAUAUUUGAUACUUUAGAUACGUCUUUGAUACUCCAGAUACGUCUUUGAUACUUCAGAUAGAUCUUUGAUACUUUAGAUACGUCUUUGAUACUUCAGAUAGAUCUUUGAUACUUCAGACACGUCUUUAAUACUUCAGUUAUAACUAGAUUUAAAAUUGCACUCCCCAGGGGGCGGGGAGACCCCUAAGGCCCUGUCGGGCCGACUGAUUGCGGCCACCUGGUGGCUCUUCGGCUUCAUCAUCAUCGCUACGUACACGGCCAACCUGGCGGCCUUCCUCACAGUGUCCAGGCUGGAGACGCCCAUAGCGUCGCUGGACGACCUGUCCAAACAGUUUAAGAUCCAGUACGCUCCCCUCAACGACAGCACGGCGAUGAUCUACUUCAAACGCAUGGCCGACAUCGAGCAGAGAUUCUACGAGUGAGAUUUUCAAAUAGUCAUUCAUCUCUCUACACAUUGUUGGACUUGGGGAGAUGGGGGAAGUGGGGAUGGGGGCGAAAGGUGGGGGGGGGGGGGAAUGACAACCUGAUCAUGCUCAGUGUCACUUUACUUGAAACAUAACUAUAUAUUUUUUUAAAUAAUUUUUUUGUAGUCACAUUUAAAGUUGUCACACUUAUAGUUGUCAUAUUUAUAGCUGUCACAUGUAUAGAUGUCACAUUUAAAAUUUUCACAUUUAUAGUUGACCCAUUUAUUCCCGCUUUGAUUAUAAUAGAGAUAAUUGUGACAACUAUGAAGGUGAUAACGAUAAAUGUGACAACUCUAAAUGUGAGACAACAAAUAAGUUAUUUUUAUAUUGAAUUGAAUACUCUUUUAAUAUAAUAGAUUUAAAUGCAUACUAUUAUUAUAGAUUUAAAUGCAUACUAUUAUUAUAGAUUUAAAUGCAUUCCAAACAGAACAAUCAAAAUAAAUUUGUUUAUCCUUUAAUAUCAUUAUUGAAUAUUUUGUCCUCAUAAAUAAGAAAUACCAUCUAAAUUGCUUUCUGACAUAUCUAUUUAUUUUAGCUUUUUUUUUUGGGGGGGGGGAGGGGGGUCUGGGGGGGAUUUUGUAAAUGAUCUACUAAAAAUAAAGGUUUCAUAAAUUAAACAAUUUCUCCAACUUACUGCUAAAACUAAAUAUUGCACACAAAAAAAAGGUCUGGGGGGGAUUUUGUAAAUGAUCUACUAAAAAUAAAGGUUUCAUAAAUUAAACAAUUUCUCCAACUUACUGCUAAAACUAAAUAUUGCACACAAAAAAAAGCUAUAUGCCAGAGCUUUGAGCAAAAUGUCGGUAUUUUUAGUGUAUGACACUUGGCACUAUGACAUGACAUUUACAUGUUUUACAUUCAGAAUUUGGAAGAACAUGAGUCUCAAUGACGACCUCGCCCCUAUCGAGAGAGCCCAACUAGCCGUAUGGGACUACCCUGUCAGUGACAAGUACACGAGACUCUGGGAGACCAUGAAAAAAUCAGGCUUCCCCGAAAGCGAAGAAGCAGGCGCCAAGCGGAUUCUGGAGGGAAACUUUGCCUUUAUAGGUGAAGUGUUGUUGUUUGCCUUUAUAGGUGAAGUGUUGUUGUUUGCCUUUAUAGGUGAAGUGUUGUUGUUUGCCUUUAUAGGUGAAGUGUUGUUGUUUGCCUUUAUAGAUGAAGUGUUGUUGUUUGCCUUUAUAGGUGAAGUGUUGUUGUUUGCCUUUAUAGGUGAAGUGUUGUUUUAACACGUGAUGUUUAAGUAAUCUUGCUUACUGUUAGAGUCUCAGACUACCUUUGGGUACUUUAUGUGUGUUUCUAUAAGACUUCUGAAGACAUGUGUGUUUCUAUAAGACUACUGAAGUCAUGUAUGUUUCUAUAUGAGUACUGAGGUCAUUUGUGUGUCUUUAAGACUACUGAAGUCAUGUGUGAUUCUAUAAGACCUCUGGAGCCAUGUGUAUUUCUAUAAGACUACUGAAGACAUGUGUGUUUCUAUAAGGCUAUUGAAGACGUGGUUGUGUAUUUUAUAUGUCAAGCUCUAUUCGUGUAGCUUCAGGCACUGCUUGACCCAGUUUCAUGGUUGUCUAUGUUCUUUGUCAAAGUAUGUUCAAGAAGCCAGUAGCAUAUCUUGACCAAUAGUCACACCGUGUGUCCCAUUACCCUGCCUACACACAGUACAAAACUAAAAACACUUAGAUCGCUGACCGAUGGGGAAGACAGCUUUGCUUAAAUAUACGGGCAACAAAUAUGGACAUAAACAUUAUACAACUUAAACACAUAUGUAUAACCAACUAGUAUGACAAAGUACAAGAUAUGAUCAAAGUCUCUCCACAAAAUAAUGUGGAUAGACUUAUCAAUGGUCGGACUUUAAUCUCAAGGGUUGGCAUCAAGAGUUUAAGUUAAGGCUCGGCACCCGUUGGCGUAACUAAGGGAGGGAAAAUCGUGUGACCGCUGUUAAUUACCAAGAUUGUACAGUAACUGGGUGUGUGUGCGUGGAGGGGCAAUUUUGGAAGUUCGCCUCCGGUGCCAAUUACUCAAGGUACGCUAUUGGGUAUCACGCCAGAUUUGAAAAGCUACAUUAUGUGUUUUUGCUAUUUUAUCCAUACUUUCAUCCUACAAAGAAUAUCUAUAAAUUCAUACGUAAAGACAAUCCAUAAUUUCAUAUAUAAAGACUAUUCAUAUCCAUACUUUCAUAUGCAGAAUAUAUCCAUAUCCAUACUUUCAUAUACAAAGACUAUACAUACAUUCAUAAAAAGAAUGUCCAUAUUUUUAUGUGCAAAGUCUAUCCAUACUAUCAUAUACAAAUAUAAUCUAUGCUUUCAUAUUUUUCGCUUGAUGCUCUAAGACAUAUGAGAAUAAAGAUGAUUGUAAGGCCCAGACUAUUUGCACUGUCUUCUUUCGAACCCUUACUCAAACAAACGUUUUACUCUCGUGCUGAGAUGUAAAACGAGACAGGAAGACAUUAGGAAUCAGCAAAUACGACAAAUGGUCUCGGUUGCAUCCCCAUCAGCCAAUUUAUGGCCCAAAUACGACAAAUGGUCUCGGUUGCAUCCCCAUCAGCCAAUGUAUGGCCCAAAUACGACAAAUGGUCUCGGUUGCAUCCCCAUCAGCCAAUAUAUGGCCCAAAUACGACAAAUGGUCUCGGUUGCAUCCCCAUCAGCCAAUGUAUGGCCCAAAUACGACAAAUGGUCUCGGUUGCAUCCCCAUCAGCCAAUGUAUGGCCCAAAUACGACAAAUGGUCUCGGUUGCAUCCCCAUCAGCCAAUGUAUGGCCCAAAUACGACAAAUGGUCUCGGUUGCAUCCCCAUCAGCCAAUGUAUGGCCCAAAUACGACAAAUGGUCUCGGUUGCAUCCCCCUCAGCCAAUAUAUGGCCCAAAUGCGAACGCAUUGAUUUGUCCAUCUGGUCAGCAUACCUGGCACUCAACCCGCAGGCUUACAAUAUCAGACAGUGCAGGUUCAGGGCAAGGGGAGGACAAGCUGUCGGUGGAUCGACUGUGCUGACCACAACAUGAACCUUCAAGGGGCCUCACACCUGGCAGAUAAUGGCAGAUAACUGUACCCCCAAGCAACGCAUCCCUGGUGGAACAACAAGAAGAAGAUCUACGUCCUAAAAAUAUAUUUCUUCGAUUUGUCCCAAAUCGUUCAACUGCUUAGUAAUGUUGAAAUGCACUCAGAAGUUUAUUUACUGUGAGUUCCAACAUCAUAAUUUUAUCUUCUGGUAGGAAGAGAUGGGAUUCGUUGGCUGCGGGCUGAACGGUGGGCUUCGGCCUCAAAGUCCACUUAACAUUAGAUAAAACUUCCUGUUGCAGAUCGCAACUACCUCCCCUGGCUGCACCCCUUGCAGUUAAGUGAACUAAGUCUCGGUACUUUCAAAUCUUCUACAGCUGAUUCAACAAGCAACAAAUAUCAUAUGCUGACCAACUGUGACUUACAAGAAGUUGGUGAAGAGUUCUCCCGAAAGCCCUAUGCGUUAGCUGUGCCAGAGGGGUCUCCCCUGCGCAACGAGCUGUCCAACACGUAAGUGUAAAGGCGGAUUGCAUUAUUUUUCUAUUUUAGCCUGACAUCAAUUACAAAUAGGCACAAGCCGUUACAAGGUGUCGUGUGCCUUAUUACAUGGACAGGAAAUACCAUUUAUAGCUAGGAAUGCACCUGUACAAAGGUGUCAUGUGCUUCAUUACAUUGACAGUAAAUACCAUUACAACUAGGAAUGCACCUUUUCAUUCACAGGAUUACACCUUUAUAUCGAAGAUGAAAUGUGUAGUUAAUCUGAAGCAAGUUAUCAUAGUUUGAAAAUCAAAACCAACAUUUCAAUCAAAUGAAUGUUGGGAAUUAACACUUUAUUUUUUUAUUAUUUCCGUCACAUAAAAUCACACAUUAUUAAAUAGUUGUAAUAAAUAGUUGUAAUAAAUAGUUGUAAUAAAUAGUUGUAAUAAAUAGUUGUAAUAAAUAGUUGUAAUAAAUAGUUGUAAUAAAUAGUUGUAAUAAAUAGUUGUAAUAAAUAGUUGUAAUAAAUUGUAAUAAAUAGUUGUAAUAAAUAGUUGUAAUAAAUAGUUGUAAUAAAUAGUUGUAAUAAAUAGUUGUAAUAAAUAGUUGUAAUAAAUAGUUGUAAUAAAUAGUUGUAAUAAAUAGUUGUAAUAAAUUGUUGUAAUAAAUAGUUGUAAUAAAUAGUUGUAAUAAAUAGUUGUAAUAAAUAGUUGUAAUAAAUAGUUGUAAUAAAUAGUUGUAAUAAAUAGUUGUAAUAAAUAGUUGUAAUAAAUAGUUGUAAUAAAUGGUUGUAAUAAAUAGUUGAUACCAUUUGUAAACAACUCGUGUCGUCUUAACAUAUUUAUGCCGGUCAUAUACGAUUUACAAAAAUAACCAAUGUUGAAAAUCCAUUAAAAUGGAUCGCCCUUUCUACAAGAGUGUGGAGGUUUUUUUUUCUUUCUGACUUGGAAAAUUUUGAAAAUAUCUAGAGAUAAAGCUUUGCUUUUGGUUGCUAUUUUCCGUUCAGCGUGUCACUUUAGUUUAGCAAUGCUAAUUUAUUGUAAACCUUUCUUUGGAAUGAAUUUUUUAAAAAUCUUUGAACCAUUUUUUUUUUUUGUUGUAAAUUAAUUUAUUUUUAAAUAGUUUAUAUCAAAAACUGUUUAAAAAAUUACAAUUUAGUACUGUAUGUGUGUACAACCCACCUGGUCAGGCAGGGACGUCGCUUGACUUUUUGUGGCCCCAUUGAUACUUUUUCGAUUGUGUCCUUUCUUACCUAGCGUAAAAUGAUGCUAAUUAAAAGUAUUGACAGCGCUUAAAACAAGCGAGGCCCCAGGCAGCUGUAAAGGUUUCAGAGCCCACACGAUGGCUAUGAGGUCAAGGGUUAGGGUUAGGGUUAGGGUUAGGGUUAGGGUUAGUACCUGAGGUCUUAACUAGCAAAUCUCCUUUCGCUCUCCGCUUAAGAGUGUAGUGAUGCAGAACGAAAUUUACGAUGUAAAAAAAAUUCAUGAUUGUAUUUAAAAAAAAAAAUUUAUAUUCCGGAGACUCUAAAGAUUAAAGGGGCGAGACUAUAGACACAAAACAUACCUUUAAGGGCCCCCAACUUGAUUGAAUUGCGUUAAUGUUUGGCUGGUGGAAGAGUUAAAGAGGUCGUUGCUAUUAUGGUUAACUGGGGACCAUAAGGCCUUCCCACAACACUUGGAAAUUUAUUUCCUCUAAUCAAAUAUUCUUAUCAAAACAUGCAAAUCGUACACACUCCAACAUGUUAGGUCUUUGGUUCUCGUCCAACAUGUUAGGACCUUGGAACUCCUCCAACAUAUUAGGUCCUUGGGACUCCUCCAACAUGUCAGGUCCUUGGGACUCCUCCAACAUGUUAGGUCCUUGGGACUCCUCCAACAUGUUAGGUCCUUGGGACUCCUCAAACAUGUUAGGUCCUUGGGACUCCUCAAACAUGUUAGGUCCUUGGGACUCCUCCAACAUAUAAGAACCUUGGGACUCGUCCAACAUGUUAGGUCCUUCGGAUUCCUCCAACAGGUUAGGUCCAUGGACUCCUCCAACACCGCAUGACACAACCUCAUACUCUUUUAACAUAGUUGUAUUUCACUUGUGAGAUUACCUUGAUUUAUUCCCCACCUAGAAUUUUGAAACUCAUCAACAACCGGACCUUGGAGGAGUUGAAAACGAAAUGGUGGAACAUGGACUCCAAGAGCUGUCCCGCUGUGGAUGAUGAGAGCGACGGCAUCAGCAUCAGAAACAUUGGAGGCGUGUUUCUCGUCAUUGUCAUUGGCUCUGGCUUAUCGCUCAUAACACUGGUCCUGGAAUGUUAUUGGUACAGGUAUGUUGUGCCCUGGUGUUUUAUUGGUAGAGGUAGGUGGUGCCUUGAGGUUUUAUUGGUAGAAGUCGGUGGUGCCCUUUGGUUUUAUAGGUAGAGGUUAGUGAUGCCCAGUGGUUUUAUUGGUAGAGGUAGGUGGUGCCCUGAUGUUUUAUUGGUAGAAGUCGGUGGUGCCCUUUGGUUUUAUAGGUAGACGUUACUGAUGCCCAGUGGUUUUAUUGGUAGAGGUAGGUGGUGCCCUGAGGUUUUAUUGGUAGAGGUAGGUGGUGCCCUGGGGUUUUAUUUGGGCAGUUAGAUCGUGUUCAAGAGGGCUAGUAGAUAGAAUGGCUAGAUUUUUAAAAAAAAAUUCUUUUGGUUGGGGGGGGGGGGAUCACGGGGCUUUUGAUUACGGUUACGCCCUUUUUAAAUCACAUCCUCAUGUCAUUAAAGGGACACAAAAUAAAGAUAAGGAAAAAACCAAAUAUGGGGUUUUAUUUGGGCAGUUAGAUCGUGUUCAAGAGGGCUAGUAGAUAGAAUGGCUAGAUUUUUAAAAAAAAAUUCUUUUGGUUGGGGGGGGGGGAUCACAGGGCUUAUGAUUACGGUUACGCCCUUUGUAAAUCACAUCAUCAUGUCAUUAAAGGGACACAAAAUAAAGAUAAGUAAAAAACCAAAUCAUCCCACGCAAGAAAAGAAAUAAAAGAUGGGUGACAUGAUGUCCCGAGACUUUUAGCAUGCGUCAGUCUUGUCACUGUCAUAUGACAUUUGGCACACUGUAGGAUACAGUCUGUAUUAUCUGCAACAAAAGGGGGUGAUAGAGAGAGAGAGGCAGACGGAAGGAGAGAGAGAGACAUACAGACAGACAGAGAUAUACAGAUAGACAGAGAGAUAGGGGGGAGAAAGAGACAAGGAGAGAAAUAGAAAUAGAGAAAGAGAAAGAGACACAGACAGAGAGAGACAUUGAGAGACACAGAAAGAGAGAAAGAGAGAGAGAGAGUGACGAUAUAUAAAAAUCAAAAUCGAAAUAUUAAAAUAAAAAGAGACCGGUAAGAGAGAGAGAGAGAGAAAAAAAGAAAUGUAAUUGUUGACAAAAUAGAUAUUAUUUUUUAAAAUUUUGAAACAGAAAUUAGACUCUGAAGAUAACUCUGAAAUAAAUGUUUAUGGUUCAGAUUGACCCAACUCAUUGGGUUUGAACUAUCAUACAACCCACUUCAAUGAUUAUCAACAUCACUCAUUAUCAAGAUCACUCAUUAACAACAUCUCUUAAUGUCGACAUCAAUUAAUAUCAACAUCCCUUAUUGUCACCCUCACUUAUUAUCAGCAUAACGUAUGAUCAACAUCAAUAUUUCUCCACAUGACUUAUGAUAAACAUCACUGAUUAUCAACAUCACUGAUUAUCAACAUGACUUAUUAUCAACAUCUCUGAUUAUCAACAUGACUUAUUAUCAACAUCUCUGAUUAUCAACAUGACUUAUUAUCAACAUCUCUGAUUAUCAACAUGACUUAUUAUCAACAUCUCUGAUUAUCAACAUGACUUAUUAUCAACAUGACUUAUUAUCAACAUGACUUAUUAUCAACAUCUCUGAUUAUCAACAUGACUUAUUAUCAACAUCUCUGAUUAUCAACAUGACUUAUUAUCAACAUGACUUAUUAUCAACAUGACUUAUUAUCAACAUCUCUGAUUAUCAACAUGACUUAUUAUCAACAUCUCUGAUUAUCAACAUGACUUAUUAUCAACAUCUCUGAUUAUCAACAUGACUUAUUAUCAACAUGACUUAUUAUCAACAUGACUUAUUAUCAACAUCUCUGAUUAUCAACAUGACUUAUUAUCAACAUCUCUGAUUAUCAACAUGACUUAUUAUCAACACUUGAAAUGUCUCUACCAGAAUCCGCCCAGAGCGUCUUAGGAAGAAGACCAAAGACCACGAACUUUCUCUGGCCAGUUCUUCGGCGUCGACCCUGAGCAGUCCAGGGGACAAGGAGCAGAUGGAUCGAAUGAGACGGAAGUGUUCAGAACAACACGGGGGUGGUGAGAGGGAGACAGGCCUGGACUGUGGUUUCACCAACUUGGGUUUCGAGUUCUCGGAGGGUUUGCAACCACCCGAUGGCUGUGACAGUCUGGAUGGUAGCCAUGACAGGCGAGAUGAUGGCCGUGGGAGGCAAGAUGGUAGCCAUGGGAGGCGAGAUGGUAGCCACGGGAGGCGAGAUGGCAGUAUUGGGAGGCGAGAUGGAAGCUUUGACUGCCAAGAUGGUAGCUAUGAAAAGAAGCCUACGGAAUACACUGUCAGAUUUUAAGAAAUUUUCAAACCUAGUAAAAAAAACAACUAUUAUAUCAUU